AUGAAUCGAUUGUUAAAUUUUAAUCCUGUUAGAGCCAUAAAAUUAAAAAAAUUAAUUAAAUUUUUUCAAAAAAGAACUUUCUAUGUUAAUUUGGAUGAAUUAAACCAAAAAGGUUCUAAUCAAGUAAAAACAGUUUUGGAAUAUUCGAUGAGUGAAGUUUACGGGCUUAAAACUUUUGAUGCAAAUGAAAUGAAUAAUCUGGCAGAGCGAUUUGCAAAAAAUGAUACACUUUUUAAUUUGUAUACUCGUUAUAAUAGAGUUAUGAAUGGAAAUGAAGAUAAUGCAAAUAUCGAUAGAAAAAUUUAUAUUUGUGUUAUUGAAAAUCUUAAUUUGGAAGAAUUAGAAGCUUGUCCCUUCUUCUGCAACUAAAAAAUCU